CGAAAAUUUCGAAACCCAUCACUUUGGCGCUUAUGUGACGCGCUUAUUUCGCCCUCAAUCUCAGAUUAUUUAGUCCUCACACUCGUCACACCCCCGCUUCCUAGGGUUUCAUUUCGUCUCUUUAUCUUCCUUCGUCUCUUUAGCUUCCUUCGAUUCUCUGACUCAAUCAUGGCGCCGAAGCGAAAGAGACCUGCGACAAAGGAUGACACUACCAAAUCCAUUCCCAAACCGAAGAAGAGAGCUCCUAAGCGAGCUAAGACGGUGAAAGAAGAGCCGGUGACAGUGGUCGAGGAAGGGGAAAAGCAUGUUGCGAGGUUUCUAGACGAGCCAAUUCCAGAAUCUGAAGCGAAGAGUACCUGGCCUGACAGAUACAAACCGAUUGAGGUACAGCCACCUAAGGCUUCGUCAAGAAAGAAGACGAAGGAUGACGAAAAAGUUGAGAUCAUUCGUGCUCGAUGCCAUUAUAGACGUGCGAUUGUUGAUGAGCGUCAGAUAUAUGAGCUGAAUGAUGAUGCUUAUGUACAGUCUGGUGAGGGAAAGGAUCCCUUCAUUUGUAAAAUCAUUGAAAUGUUUGAAGGGGCUAAUGGGAAACUGUAUUUCACGGCUCGGUGGUUUUAUAGACCUUCUGAUACUGUAAUGAAAGAGUUCGAGAUUCUGAUCAAGAAAAAGCGUGUGUUUUUCUCUGAGAUACAAGAUACAAAUGAAUUGGGAUUACUUGAAAAGAAGCUGAACAUUUUGAUGAUUCCCUUGAAUGAAAAUACUAAAGAGACUAUCCCUGCAACAGAAAACUGUGACUUUUUCUGUGACAUGAACUAUUUCUUGCCUUACGAUACAUUUGAAGCUAUACAACAAGAAACCAUGAUGGCUAUAAGUGAAAGUUCAACAAUAUCCAGUGAUACUGAUAUAAGAGAAGGAGCUGCUGCCAUAUCAGAGAUUGGAGAAUGUUCUCAAGAAACAGAAGGUCACAAAAAGGCAACUUUGCUUGACCUUUACUCCGGCUGUGGAGCUAUGUCGACAGGGUUGUGCAUGGGUGCACAACUGUCUGGUUUGAACCUCGUCACUAAAUGGGCUGUUGACAUGAAUGCACAUGCAUGUAAAAGCUUGCAGCAUAACCACCCAGAGACAAACGUGAGAAACAUGACCGCAGAAGAUUUCUUGUUUCUGCUUAAGGAGUGGGAGAAGCUAUGCAUUCAUUUCUCUUUGAGAAAUAGUCCAAAUUCAGAAGAAUAUGCCAACCUUCACGGUUUGAAUAAUGUUGAGGACAAUGAAGAUGUCAGCGAGGAGAGUGAAAAUGAAGAUGAUGGAGAAGUUUUUACUGUUGACAAGAUUGUUGGUAUUUCCUUCGGAGUCCCUAAAAAGUUAUUGAAACGUGGACUUUAUUUGAAGGUAAGGUGGCUGAAUUAUGAUGAUUCUCAUGAUACAUGGGAGCCUAUUGAAGGACUCAGUAAUUGCCGGGGUAAAAUUGAAGAGUUCGUUAAACUUGGAUAUAAAUCUGGCAUCCUUCCGUUACCAGGAGGUGUUGAUGUUGUCUGCGGUGGGCCACCAUGCCAAGGAAUCAGUGGUCACAACCGCUUCAGGAACUUAUUGGACCCUCUAGAAGAUCAGAAAAACAAGCAGCUUUUGGUGUAUAUGAACAUUGUAGAAUAUUUGAAGCCUAAGUUCGUUUUGAUGGAAAACGUCGUUGACAUGCUGAAGAUGGCUAAGGGCUAUCUUGCACGGUUUGCUGUUGGACGCCUUCUACAGAUGAAUUACCAAGUGAGGAAUGGAAUGAUGGCAGCUGGAGCUUAUGGGCUUGCUCAGUUUCGUUUGAGGUUCUUUCUAUGGGGUGCACUCCCUAGUGAGAUAAUUCCGCAGUUCCCACUUCCAACACAUGAUCUAGUUCAUAGAGGAAAUAUUGUCAAGGAGUUUCAGGGAAACAUAGUAGCCUAUGAUGAAGGACAUACUGUGAAGUUAGCAGACAAGCUUUUGUUGAAGGAUGUGAUUUCUGAUCUUCCUGCAGUUGCCAACAGUGAAAAAAGAGACGAGAUUACAUAUGACAAAGAUCCCACAACGCCAUUUCAAAAGUUCAUCAGAUUGAGAAAGGAUGAAGCGUCAGGUUCACAAUCAAAGUCCAAGUCCAAAAAGCAUGUCUUAUAUGAUCAUCACCCUCUUAAUCUUAAUAUAAAUGACUAUGAACGGGUUUGUCAGGUCCCCAAGAGAAAGGGAGCGAAUUUUAGGGACUUUCCUGGUGUUAUUGUUGGACCUGGUAAUGUAGUCAAGUUGGAAGAGGGAAAGGAAAGGGUCAAACUUGAAUCUGGAAAAACAUUGGUUCCCGAUUAUGCCUUAACAUAUGUCGAUGGGAAAUCAUGCAAACCUUUUGGUCGUCUUUGGUGGGACGAAAUUGUCCCCACUGUUGUCACACGGGCAGAACCCCACAACCAGGUGAUCAUUCAUCCAGAGCAAAAUCGGGUUUUAUCCAUUCGAGAAAAUGCGAGACUCCAAGGCUUUCCUGAUGACUACAAACUCUUUGGCCCACCCAAACAGAAGUACAUUCAAGUAGGUAACGCUGUAGCUGUGCCAGUAGCGAAGGCCCUUGGAUAUGCUUUGGGAACAGCUUUCCAGGGACUCGCAGUUGGGAAAGAUCCACUUCUUACUCUGCCUGAAGGUUUUGCAUUCAUGAAGCCAACUCUUCCUUCCGAGCUUGCAUGAACACUGUUGAUUCAUCGCAUUUUUCGAUUUAUCUUCUAUUCAUUGUUUUCCUAGGAUUUAUCUUUAGACCAUUUGCUGCGGAAUUUGGAUUUGUUUUGUUUAAGUUUCACGACUUUCAAGUUUAGCAACUCUGAAUUUCUGGUAACUUUGUUUUAAUCAGAUGUUAUGGAUUUGUGGGAUUCUCGUUCUUUUUGUCUAAGAAGAGAACUCAUCUUCGGUUCGGUUUUAUUACUGUUUCUUGAUUAAAGGCAAUGUUGGAUUCGUUCGGCUACAAAAACUUUGUGCCUUUUAAGAUAUGGUCCAUUUAAUAAUAGGCCGAACUGCAAAUGUGAUCUGUUUUGGUAAACAUUUUGUGCCUCUUAUGAAUGAAUUCAAGUU